AACGGCAACAGGAUUCUUCUUCGUUGGAAAUUAGUUUUGUAAUGCAGUUUUGUGCGUUAAUUUUUUCCUAUUAACUGUGCAAUCGAAUUGGGAUUUAACAUGGUCAUUAUUAAAAAAAGGAAAAUAACUUAUUCUCUUUGGUUUUAUAUAACGUAGGUAAUUCAGUAUAAUUACAAGUAUUUCAUUAAUAUAAAUAUUUAAUGGCGCUCAUGUUUGACGAUUUGGAAGCUAACCCGUUUUUUAAUGAGUUACAGGAAGUUUUUGGAUGCUGUCAAGGAAUUUUGUUUGACUGAAGAGAUAUGGAAAUUUCUAAAUAAGACAAAAUUUGUUGAUAAAUUCAAAGAGUUGCAAAGGAACUUGUGGUUAAUAUGUGUACCUUGUGGAAAAAGUCUAAAGGGUUUGUCAAUUACUCAGGAUUUCGUUGAUUAUCAUGUGCUAAAGCCGUCUCCAUUUUUUAAAAGUCAUUUUAUAACUACAGAUGCCAAUAGCAAAGCAAGCUUCGAAAUUGAUGAAGCCACAAUUAAAACACCUUCAGGUUCUGUAAAAAUAUUGAUGGAAGAAACAGCGUAUAAUGAAGAUUACAAGCCAUACAGAAUAUUAGUCAUAGAGAGACCUCUCUGCACUUCAGAGAAAAAGGUUGAAUUCCAGAAUGCAGAUGUUUCUAAUAAAGAUUUUAUCCUGACUGAAAUUGAGUGUACUUUGUUUCUUGAGUCAUUUCCUGGAUCAGCUGACAUUUUAAAAAUGCUUGAUAAAAAGAUACGUGUUUUCAAUUCCUCAUAUAUGGUCUUGCCUCAGUAUUUAGAAGAUGCUGCUUCAAAGUUACGGAGCAUAUCAUGUUCUACUGCAGAAGAGUUUUCCAGACUACUCAAGCACACAUCAUUUGAUUUAUUUUCAAACAAGAAGUUAUCUGCUGUUGUAGAAAACUAUGUAUUAUGCCAUGUGCAUGAUAAAGUAUUUCCUGUCAUUAAGAAGUAUUGCCUUGAGGAAGAUAAAAAGUACACAAAACUUUAUCACUUUAGAAGUAGAAACUAUACUGUUGUUGAAUUAGCAUCUUUAAAUUCCCGGAAUAGUCCAUCUGAGAAACUGAAUUGUUUAAUGACAACUCUUGAACUUCUUAAUCAGGACAUUGAACACUUUUUAUUUGAGAACUGUUAUCCUGUUAGUAAAGAUACUCCACGAUUAACUUCAGAUGAUUUAAUUCCUCUACUUGUGGGUGUCAUUAUUCAAGCUAGACCGCAGUACUUAGUUAGUAAUUUAUAUUAUAUGCAAAAUUUUUGUUGGGAAAUGUCUUCAGUUGAUAAAUAUGGGUUUAGUUUAGUAACAUUCCAAGCUGCCAAAGAGUAUGUCAAAUGCAAUGAAUUCGAUUUUUUAAAACCCUCAUCAAGGAAAAUAAAAAAAGAGUUAUCUUUAGGUGAACUAAUGGAAGUUGCAGUUGAAAUGCAAAAUAAUACCAAGCCAUCUGUUGAACCCAAACCUGCACAGUGUCAGUCACCCAUUGAUCAUCAGCUUGAAAAUGUCACAAAAAUGAUAGAAGCCUCAACAAGGGAAUUAAGAGAAUGGACACAUCCUAAAGAUUCUAGCUCCUUCAUGAAAAAAAAGAUUACAAAAAUAAAUGCAGAAGAAAAUGUUGGGGAUUUUCUCUCCAGCUUAAGGCAAAGUAGUCUUGGUAUAAGCUAUGGAAAGCAAAGUUGAAAAUGCAGUGAAGAUUUUAACUGUUUAAUGAAUUUUUUUAAGAUUUAACAUUUUGUAUUUGUGGUUUUCAGCCUGAUUAUUACCCAGUUAUUGACUGUGAAUAUUUAAAAACUGCCUUAUUGUGAAAUAAAAGUUUUUGUUUCUGAUUUACU